AUGGGCUGUUUCUGUGGCAAGGAGUCGCUGUCUGUUGAUGGUCGCCGGUUCUUUAUCAAGCAACGUCUGGGCGAAGGAGGCUUCAGCUACGUUGAUUUAGUUGAAGAUGCUCAGACUCAUAAAACAUAUGCCUUGAAAAGAAUUGUCUGUCAUUCCAAAGAAGAGGAACAAGUUGCAUUGCAGGAAGUUAAAAUUAUGAGAGAAAUAAACCAUCCAAAUGUGAUACCCUUGGAGUGCUACAGCAUGCAUGAAGUGAAUUAUCAAUCCAAGGCCCUUGACAUCACAUGUGAAUUAUUUCUAGUUAUUCCAGUCUAUAAGAAAGGCACACUACAGGACAGAAUUGAUACUUUAAGACUAAAAGGGGAACAGUAUAGUGAAGAUCAGAUCUGGACAUUGAUGAUGGGCAUCUGUAAGGGAGUCAAGGCAUUGCAUGAUCAUAAGCCUCCUUUUGCACAUAGAGACUUAAAACCUGACAAUGUGAUGACAGAAGAAGAUGGUACCCCAGUUGUUAUGGAUUUGGGAUCGGCAGCUGUCGCUCGUGUAGAAAUCAAGACGGCCCGUGAUGCAUCAUCAUUACAGGACUUGGCUGCUGAAAGAUGUUCAAUGCUGUACAGAGCCCCAGAGCUGUUUACUGUAGAAACAAACUCAUCAGUUGAUGAAAGAACAGACAUUUGGUCUUUAGGUUGUGUUUUGUAUGCGCUGGCCUUCUUGGAGUCGCCAUUUGAGUCUCCAUAUCAGCGAGGGGACAGUCUUGCUCUGGCAACAAUGGCUGCUAAAAUAACUUUUCCAGAAAACUCAGGGUAUUCUAAGAAAAUACCAGACACAAUAUCAUGGAUGCUGAAACCUAAGGCAGAAGAACGACCCUUUAUUGACCAAGUCAUUGAAAGAAUACACUCGAUACAACACGAAGAAGAAAACAGAGUAUGA